AUGGUCGACGCUGCCAUCCCCUCGCCUCCCACCUCUCCCAACGGCACUUUCAACAAACGGGUAUCGUUCGGCAACGACGCGGUGAGGACGUUCAUCUACGAAAAAGAUUCCGAGGAAGCGACACCGAUCCUGCAACGGCAAUCGUUCACUGAUCCCGACGCACCUGUAAAUCGAGUUACGGUGACCUCGGACCUCGUGUUACCAGAAUCUCCCAGCCCAAUUUCACCUCCAAAUCAAAUAGAAGAAAUACGUAGAGUUGCAAUAAGUCCUCCUCUACAUUCAAAAAAAAUGGCUGAACAUGAGAAUCCUUUCCGACCGGAAGAGGUACUGUAUCACGAGGUGGAUCCAAUUGUUGAACAGUACAUGCACAAACCGUUCCCGCCAAGUAGGCCGGGAAGUGCCCAUAAUACGCCCACAAAACAACAAAAGGACGGCUCAAUAUCCUCCCCUGCUUACCUUCAAAAUGGUUUAUCGAAAGAACAGUUAAUGGAUAACGAAAAAGCACAGACGCAACCACUUUUGGAUGCUGAUCAACGGCAAUCAAGUCCGGAGAAAAAUGCCACCAACGCAGCCGAAUUCGAUGAUCUUCCACCGGCAGGCAAAGUCGAAUUGGUGCAUGUGAAGAAGAGGAAAUGCGGUUGCUGCUCGGUGCAGUAG